UAAUAUUGGUGCUAAUACAUAAGACUAUACAAUAUAAAAAGCCACCGAAAAUAGACAUUGAGCCUCAACCUUCCACCUUUUUUUCUUGUCUCGAGAACUUUCAUUUUCCUAUAACACACUUCUCUUUUCCUCUUAAACAUCUCUUCUUAGUCUCUCAGUAGCUCUACUUACCUUCUUGAAAACACAGGGAACAUUAAAUUUCUUCAUAUUUACUACUUACUAAGAUCUUGGCACAAUCAUGGCUGCUUUUGUACUGUCUUUAAUACUUCUCUUGGCUUUCACUGGUUACUCAAGUGGUGCUAAUUACUGUGUGUGCAAAGAUGGAGCUGGGGACCAAGUUCUUCAGAAGAAUAUAGACUAUGCCUGUGGAAAUGGAGCUGAUUGUAAAGCUAUCCUUGAAAAUGGUGCUUGCUACAACCCUAACACUAUCAAAGAUCACUGUUCUUAUGCUGUAAAUAGCUAUUAUCAGAAGAAGGCUGCAACUGGUGCAACCUGUGACUUUUCUGGAACUGCAACUUUGACUUCAAGUCCACCAUCCUCCUCUAGUUCUUCAUGUUACCAGAACACUGGAGGUAACACUGGUGGAGGUACCACAACCCCGACUGCACCUGGAUCCACAACAAGCCCAGGGACUGGAACCGGGAUGGGGACCGGGACUGGCAUGGGAACAAGCACAGGCGCAGGCACAGGAACUUCAACAGGCAUUAACAAUCCAACUUUUGGGCUAGGACCAACAGGAAGUGGUGCAUUCAAUCCAGAUGGCAGUGGCACAGAUUCUCUUCAUCAAAACAGAGUUUUUUUCACUAUAGCCCUUUUAUUUACAAGCAGCUUGGUGGUAUGCUUGAGAGUUUAAAAGAAAAAGUCUGAAUGUGAGGCAGUGAAUGAAAGAAGAAAGGUUUGGGAAGAUAAUGUGGACUUUUGGUACAAAGUAUGGGUAGCAUUUUCAAUGGUCAGAAGGGGAGAAUCAUCUGGACACACUUCCACUUAGACUUCUUUUUAUUUCUUUCUUUCUUUUGUUGUUUUGUUCUUCUUGUUCUUUUAUCUCCAUCGUCUUUCCUACUUUGGAAUUAGAUUCCCUCUUUUAGUGGAGAGAUGUGGCUGUUUCUGGGGUAGUAAUAUGUACUACUAGUAAUGUAGAAGAAUCUGAUCUCUUCUUUUUAGAUUUUCCUUUUUGUAUAUCUGGAAGAGUAGAGACAUGAAGUCUGUAUUUUUUAUUUUAGAAGUUUUAUGAACGAGUACUUUGCUACCCUA